AAUCAGGCCACUCCUACUACUCACAUGCCAUCUGAGCAUUCUGAGGUUCUGCUCUGAAAUCUGAUGCAGGACAGCAGGAAAAAAUGAGCGAGAACCGGGAGGCCCCAGGCCCCAGUAGAAGGAAGAGCCUCCGCUCCUCCACCCGUCCCUCUCUCUUUAAAAUAAUGGAUCCGUCUUGCAUCAGCGAGCACUUUGGCAUAUCACUUAACUCUGAUUCCUCCUCAGACGACGAGGAGUUCAUUCCAACAGAUGCAGCUGCUGUGUCUGAAGUAUCUGAUGAUGGUGCAAGUGAAUCAAGUGACAGUGAGAAAAGUGAGGAAGAGGAGGAGGGGGAGGAGGAGGAGGAGGAGGAGGAAAGGGAAGAGGGCCCAGGGGAAAGAGAUACCAUCAGUCCCACCACUUUUGAAUCAGUUGACAUGGCCGUCACAAUGACUAACGAUGAAUCCACUCCCAUUUGCUCUGUCUGUCUGGAAACAGCACAUGAUCACGAUAUUGUAACUUGUGAUGCCUGUGGUCUCUCAGUCCACGAAGGUUGCUAUGGAGUCCCUGAAGAUGACGGCGUUGAUGAGACCCAGUCUAAUCUCUCCUCUUUCUCAACCAUACCCUGGUUCUGUGAUUCCUGUAGAGCUGGAGUUGAAAACCCUUCCUGUUGUCUCUGCCCAGUUGAGGGUGGGUUAUUCAAGCAGGCCAUUAACGGUGAGUGGGUCCAUAUUGUGUGUGGACUCUAUUGUGAGGGGGUGGAGUUUAUCAACCCCUUGCUACUCAGCGGAAUAACUCUUGACCAAAUCAACCCGUCAAAAUUUGGGGCAAAGAGCUGUCAGUUGUGUGAUGAAGACUGGUUGAGUCAGACUGGUAUAUGCAUACAGUGUGAUGCUGGACUGUGUAAAGUCUACUUUCAUGCUACCUGUGGUCUUAAGAAUGGUUUAUUGUGUGAAUCUGAUGAUAGCGUCAGGAGCAGCCUCAGCCCUAAUGAAGGAAGACCAAAGAAGAGGAGAAAGGAAGAGAUCACUGAUCCUUACUUUGCACAUUGUCUCGCUCACAGUGAUAAAAAGGAAGUAAAACGAAAGAAAAAGAGAUACUAUAAAAUGAUUGAGAGCAUCAAAAGAUUCAAAAAACCUGAGAAUGACACAAGACUUAAUAAAUAUUUACUUGAAGCUAAUGAAUCUUACUCUAAAAUGUUUAAAGAGAUGAGAGAAUGGUAUCAACCAGACAAGAUAGUUAAGCAAGGUCGUCGUCUCUUGCAAUCUCACCCUGAAGCUUUCAAAUUGCUCACAAGAAAGGCUCAGCUCUUAGGGUUUGGGCAAGAUAGGACGACUUUAUCUUCUCAUUCUUAUCGUGGUAACGUACCAAUUGGUUUGACUGAGGAGUUCGUCAAGUUUUUUAACAGUCGUAUGCUGAAGAUUAACAAGUUAAAGACAGAAAAUGAUCAGCUGUCGGGAAAACGCUCGCAACUGAAGGACAAGUCACUUAAGAUACAAGAGGCUAGGAAAGAAACGGAUGCUGAAUUGGCAGCUGUCAAACAAAACUGUCACAUAUUAAGUGACAGAAUUAAAAUCAUUUGUACCCUAGCUAACGAAGCAGCUGGAAAGCCAAUCUUGGAUUCAUCAAAAUAUCUUGUUGAUAUUCAUGAUGAUGACGACAAUCCCAACUGCAACAAUGACCACACCUCUCAAAUGUGCUGCAUUUGUAAAGGAUGUAAUGAUGACCACCUGAUGGCCCAGUGUGAUACAUGUAGUCUCUACUAUCACAUCAACUGCUUAGAUCCUCCUCUUACGAGAGUCCCUUUAAAAACCUCUAGACAAGGAUGGCAAUGUGAAGAUUGUGGUUUAAAUAGUGAGGAUGAGUUAAAGCCAGCCAUCCCACACAACUCUGAUCCACAGUCAAGUUUUGGUAGGAAGAUUAACUUUUCAAACAACUGGCAGUUCAUAGAAUUUUCUCCAUUAAGGAAAGUAAGGAGACAAGGCAAAAAAAGAGGAAGGAAAAGAAUAUAAAAAUAUUCAGGAAAAA